UUUAGCUCUGAGGGUUUUAUCCCACAUACCAAGGCCCAUACAAUGACUUCAUGCUGUUGAUUAACAAAUCCUCUUUAACAGGAAGACACGAGGCAGCCUGCGAUCCCCAGCCCCAAAGCCAUCUCAUCCGCCUUCCACAUGACUGUUUCCAAAACGCAACUAACUCAUUUUACUACGACGUGGGCAAAUGCCCGGCAAAGAUCUGCGCUGGGAAGCUGGACAAGGGCCUGCGGUGCAAAGAUAACACCGCUUACUGCUGCGGCGUCUCCAAAAUGGAAACGAGACAGAUCUCGUGCAACGGAUACACGCUCCCAACCAAAGUCGCCGUAGAAUGCGGUUGUAAAAAAUGUACAGAGACCAAGAAAACGGUACGAGGCAGAGCCAUAGCGGCAGACAACGGCGAGCCGCUGAGGUUUGGCCACAUCUACAUGGGCAACAAAAGAGUGAGUAUGACCGGCUACAAGGGAACUUUCUCCGUCCACGUCCCCGCGGAUACAGAGAGAUUGGUUCUAACUUUCGUUGACCGACUGCAGAAGUUUGUGAAUACGACCAAAGUCUUGCCAUUCAAUGAAAAGGGAGGGGCGGUGUUUCAUGAAAUCAAGUUACUAAGAAAGAAAGCCCCGGUCACCCUGGAAUCCUCCGAAACCAACGUGAUUUCGCUGGGAGAAAUGGAAGAUGAUGAUCCGAUUGCUGAAUUAGAAAUCCCUCCCUAUGCAUUCUACAGGAAGAACGGAGAAGUCUACACGGGUAAAGUGAAAGCCAGUGUGACAUUUCUGGACCCAAGAAACAUCUCUACGGCUGAUGUGACACAAAGUGACCUGAACUUCGUAGAUGACGAAGGAGAUGUAUUCCCACUCCGUACAUAUGGCAUGUUCUCAGUGGAUUUCACUGACGAACUGGGCACUGAGUCUCUUAACGCGGAAGAGGUGAAGGUUCAUUUGGACACUGCGCAGGUCAAGAUGCCAGAGCACCUGGAAGAGAUGAAGCUUUGGUCACUGAAUCCAGAGACGGGAUUAUGGGAGGAAGAAGGAGACUUCAGCCUUGAAAAAAGCCGACGGCACAAGAGAGAGGAAAGAACGUUCUUGGUUGGGAACAUGGAGAUCAAAGAAAGGCGGCUUUUUAACCUGGAUGUCCCAGAGAGCAGACGGUGCUAUGUCAAAGUCCGAGCCUAUCGAAGCGAGAGGUUUCUGCCGAGUGAGCAGAUCCAAGGGGUAGUGAUAUCUGUUAUAAACACAGAGCCAGAGCCAGGCUUCUCCUCCAACCCUAGAGCAUGGGGUCGUUUCGACAGUGCGGUCACCGGUCCCAAUGGUGCUUGCGUGCCGGCCUUCUGCGACGAGCAAAACCCGGAGGCCUACGCAGCUUAUAUCUUGGCAAGCAUGGGGGGUGAAGAACUGGAAGCUGUAGCCUCUGCUCCUAAACUCAACCCUAACGUCGUUGGGGUCCCACAGCCAUAUCUCAACAAGCUCAAUUACAGGAGGACAGACCAUGAGGACUCGAACACCAAGAAAACUGCUUUCAGUAUCAGCAUGGCCAAGCCAAACCCCAACUCCCCAGAAGAGAACAACGGCCCUAUUUACGCAUACGAAAACCUAAGCGAAUGCGAGGAAGCUCCAUACAGUGCUGCUCAUUUCAGAUUUUAUAGGGUAGAGGGAGACAUGUAUGACUACAAUACCGUUCCCUUCAAUGAAGACGACCUUAUGAGCUGGACCGAUGACUACCUGGCGUGGUGGCCCAAGCCCAUGGAAUUUAGGGCCUGCUACAUUAAAGUAAAGAUAAACGGACCCCAAGAGGUGAACGUAAGGUCUCGCAACAUGGGCGGCACUCACCCGCGUACCAUCGGCAAGCUCUACGGCAUCCGAGACGUCCGCAGCAUUCGUGCCCCCGGGCAGCCCAGCGUGUCGGCGGCCUGCCUGGAGUUCAAGUGCAGCGGCAUGCUCUACGACCAGGACCGCGUGGACCGCACGCUCGUCAAGGUCGUCCCGCAAGGCAGCUGCCGCCGGGACAGCGUCAACAGCAUGCUCCACGAGUACCUGGUGAACCACCUCCCCAUGGCCACCAACAACGACUCCAGCGAAUAUACGAUGCUGGCUCCUCUUGACCCGCUCGGGCAUAACUACGGCAUCUACACCGUGACCGACCAGGACCCGAGGAUCGCCAAGGAAAUCGCCCUGGGCAGGUGUUUUGAUGGCACGUCCGAUGGCACUUCCCGAACUAUGAAGAGCGACAUUGGUGUCGCGUUGACUUUCACCUGCUCGGAAAGGAGCGCGGCGGAGCAAAGCGCGUUCCAGUCGCAGAGGAACUCGGGCCAGCAGUCGCUCCUGGACCUGCCGAGGGAAAGCGCCGCGUUUCGAAGGCCGCAGGGAAGCCGCAGAAUGACCCAAGGCAGGAGCCCCAUGAGAGCUCAGCGCUCUCCGGCCUACUAGAGCUAUGGCAGCCUCGGGAAA